CGCGCCCCUCCGGCUUCCUCUCCCCUCCCCUCCCCUCCCUGCAGCUUUACUGGCGGCCUCCGCCGGGGUUCGCCCGCCCGCGCCUGUCCGAGCCUGAGCUGGCGCCGGCCCCGGGGAGCUCGCGGAAGGGGAGGACUGGACUGUCCCGAGCCGAGCAUCGCUCCGGUGGGCGACAGGGCCGCAGCCUCUCCGCCAGCAGCACCACCUGUCGCGGGUGCGACGUCGGGUGAAAGAAAAGAUGUUGUCCCGGUUAAGAAUAGCUGCCACUCCCUGUACACUGGUAUGUCGUUAUCUGCACACAAAAGAGAAGGGCAAGCCACUUAUGUUGAACCCAAGAACAAAUAAGGGAAUGGCAUUUACAUUGCAGGAGCGUCAAAUGCUUGGUCUUCAAGGACUUCUACCUCCUAAAAUAGAGACACAAGAUAUUCAAGCCUUACGAUUCCACAGAAACAUAAAAAAAAUGAAUGGCCCUUUGGAAAAAUACAUCUAUAUAAUGGGAAUACAAGAAAGAAAUGAGAAAUUGUUUUAUAGAAUCCUGCAAGAUGACAUCGAAAGUCUGAUGCCAAUUGUAUAUACACCAACAGUUGGUCUUGCCUGCUCCCAGUAUGGACAUAUCUUUAGACGACCUAAGGGAUUAUUUAUUUCAAUCUCAGACAGAGGUCAUGUUAGAUCAAUUGUGGAUAACUGGCCAGAAAAUCAUGUUAAGGCUGUUGUGGUGACUGAUGGAGAGAGAAUUCUGGGUCUUGGCGAUCUGGGUGUCUAUGGAAUGGGAAUUCCAGUAGGAAAGCUUUGUUUGUACACAGCUUGUGCAGGAAUCCGGCCUGAUCGAUGCCUGCCUGUGUGUAUUGAUGUAGGAACUGAUAAUACAGCACUCUUAAAAGAUCCAUUUUACAUGGGCUUAUAUCAGAAAAGAGAUCGAUCACAGCGUUAUGAUGAUCUGAUUGAUGAGUUUAUGAAAGCCAUUACUGACAGAUAUGGACAGAACACACUUAUUCAGUUUGAAGACUUUGGAAAUCAUAAUGCAUUCAGAUUCUUGAGAAAAUACCGAGAAAAAUAUUGUACCUUCAAUGAUGAUAUUCAAGGAACAGCUGCAGUAGCUCUGGCUGGUCUUCUCGCAGCACAGAAAGUUAUGGGUAAACUGAUCUCAGAACACAAAAUUUUAUUUCUUGGAGCAGGAGAGGCUGCUCUUGGAAUUGCAAAUCUUAUAGUAAUGGCUAUGGUAGAAAAUGGCCUCUCAGAAGAAGAGGCACAAAAGAAAAUUUGGUUGGUUGACAAGUUUGGUUUAUUAUUUAAGGGGCGGAAAGCUAAAAUAGAGAGUCAUCAGGAACCGUUUGCUCACUCAGCCCCAGAGAGCAUACCUGAUACUUUUGAAGAUGCAGUAAAUAUACUUAAGCCUUCAGCUAUAAUUGGAGUUGCAGGAGCGGGCCGACUUUUCACCUCUGAUGUAAUCAAAGCCAUGGCUGAUAUCAAUGAAAGGCCUAUAAUAUUUGCAUUAAGUAACCCUACAGCAAAGGCUGAGUGCACAGCUGAAGAAGCAUAUACACUUACAGAGGGAAGGUGUCUGUUUGCCAGUGGCAGUCCAUUUGGGCCAGUGACACUCAGUGAUGGGCGACUCUUUACACCAGGUCAAGGCAACAAUGUGUAUAUUUUUCCAGGCGUGGCUUUAGCCGUUAUUCUCUGUAACACCCGGCAUAUUAGUGACCACGUUUUCCUAGAAGCUGCAAAGGCAUUGACAAGUCAAUUGACAGAUAAAGAGCUAGCCCAAGGGAGACUUUACCCACCACUAGCUAAUAUUCAAGAAGUUUCUAUUAACAUUGCUAUUAAAGUUACAGAAUAUCUUUAUGCAAAUAAAAUGGCUUUCCGAUACCCAGAACCUGAGGACAAGGCCAAAUAUAUCAGAGAAAAAAUAUGGCGAAGUGAAUAUGAUUCUCUGCUGCCAGACGUAUAUGAGUGGCCAGAAUCUGCGUCAGGCCCUCCCCAGAUAAUGGAGUAGAAGUAUGACCACCGAUACAUACUUCCCAUGCUUCAGAAGCUCCCUUUUUUCAGACAAAAAGAGAUAAUGUUCUCAAAUUAGCAGUUUUUCGUGUGUUUUAUUCUCCCUGACCACUUUGCUUGGCUCAUUUUUGUCCCAUGAAUCUACAUCCAGGAGGUAAAUGUGUUGGCUACAUUAAUAAUGCCCCACCAGCACCUUGCAGUCAGAUAACCAUAAUGCUUUCAUUCUGAUUUGUAACUCAUACCACAUCAAAGAGAUGUUAAAAUGUAUUUGUGAAUGUCUUUAUUUGUGCUUCUGUUCACACUUGCCAAAGUAUUUGCUAUUUACUAUCAUAGUAAUAAUCUCUCACCCACCUCUUUUAGAGCUACUAAAAUAGAAAUUUACUUCUGUGGGUAGAAUACAGAAUUUUGAGAAGCAGCCAUGUUUAACCAAAUUUUAAGGACAGAUUGUCAGUAUUUAAAGUGUUCUUUGAUUUCUGCUUCAUUUUAUUAUCUUCAUGCUCUGAAAUUCCUUUCCAGUAGAUAAGUCUAGAGAAAUAUGAAAAAUCUACCCUAUUACUUAUUUUCUGGAACUAAAUUAAAGCUUAACUAAAACAUUGUGAGUGAAAAAUGGGAACUACUGCAGCAUUUACACAAAAUAGUCGUUUUUUUUAACACUAUAUAAAAUCAUAGUGUAAUUUUUUUAUUUAAUAAAGAUAAUAUCUUAAAUUUAAUUGCUUCAAUUAUGCUAUUUUACUGCCAGAGAAGCAAUACCCCUAUUCCAAUAUUAAUACUCUUUAUUACUUGAGAUAAUUUUGGAAUGCUCCUAUGAUACAUUCUUUCAAAUAUCAUUAGUGACAACUCUUUCUCUAUUGAAGAUGGACUAAAUUUUUUGAAACUACCCAAAUUAAUUUAGAGCUAAGUGAAGAUGAAUAAAGUUCUGUUCACACUAGGAAAUGCUACUUUUAAUCCCAGAUUUUUUAAAUGGGUAAUAAUUGACUAUUGAAACCAGUCUUCUUCUGUGGCUUACAUAUUAGAGAGUUAUAAAGGAAAAUCCAGAAGUAUUUUGAGAAGUAGUAUUUCUUUGUAGAAGCCUAACAGUUGCUUUGUGGGAACAAAACUCAAAUGCUCAUUAGAAUAUUAACUACAAAAUACUCAUAGCUGUGUGUCACAUGCACAUGAUUCGGUAUUUCCCUUGGGGUUCCAUGACACGCUGUCAGCUGUGAGAUUCUGCAGGGAGAAAAGGGCUUCCUCGUUAAGUUCAUCUUUCCUUCUACCUACGGGCAGAGAUUGAGUCAUAAUAAUUCUGAAUAUAACUCAGUGUUUUAGGAAUGCUCAAAAUGGCAUUGCCAUUUGGGGUAUGAGAAAAUGCAAUUGGUUAAUCCAGUUAACAAAUGAGUGAAGUCAGAAGUCUAUUCUGUAAAUCUGUUUUGUAAAAUAAGUAAUGAGGUCACAAUUUCUUUUAAUCAAAGAUGAAAGUUUAUGUUUUUCAUGUUGUCUUUGUCAAAACAAAAUUGCCCUCAAAAAUAUUCUUUGUGACAUCUUGAUUUUAGUUGAACAUUCCAAGUAUAAAAAUUACAAACCUG